AUGGGCGAGUCGGCCGACACGAAACGCAACCUUAUCAUUGUUUCCAAUCGUCUGCCUGUGUCCGUUAAACGCGUCGAUAGUGGUUUUCAAUCAUCGAUCUCAAGUGGUGGUCUCGUCACAGCAUUAUCAGGACUCACCAAAACAACUCAGUUUCGAUGGUUUGGCUGGCCUGGUAUAGAGGUGAAAGAGCCUCAAGACAGAGCGGAAGUGGUCAAAAGCUUAGAGCAGCAUAGUGCGACCCCAAUCUUUCUCGACAGCGAUCUAGCACAUGAGCACUACAAUGGCUUUUCAAAUCGCAUCCUCUGGCCAGUUCUCCACUACACAUCAGGCAUUCUAUACGACGAUGGCCCCUGGCAAGCUUAUAAGCGUGUGAAUGAGCUAUUUGCAGAUGCCAUUUCUGAGGCAGCAGAGAGGGGCACAUUGAUCUGGGUUCAUGACUACCACCUCAUGCUUCUCCCUGAACUCCUCCGCAAGAGACUUCAAAUGCAGGGAAAAGUUUGCGCAAUUGGGUUCUCCCUGCAUACUCCAUUCCCAGUAGGUGAUUUCUGGAGAAAUUUGCCUGUUCGCAAGCACUUGAUUGAGGGAAUGUUGUCGAGUGAUUUAAUUGGAUUCCAUACUGAUGAGUACAAGCACAACUUCAUCGAUACGUGUGCAAGUCUCCUCGGAGCGCAAACCCAGAUUCCAAACCAGAUCCAAUACAAAAAUCGCCUCGUCUGCACUGAUAAGUUCAUUAAAUUUGCCGAUACGUUGCGACAGCCCGAAGUAAAAGACCGUAUCAAAACACUCAAGGAUCGAUACAAUGGAAUGAAAGUUAUCGUCGGGAUCGACAGAUUGGAUCAUAUCAAGGGCCUCACGCAAAAAUUGAAGGGAUUCGAUUGUUUCCUGGAUGAUCACCCAGAGCUUCGGACAAAGGUUGUUCUCAUCCAAGUCGCGGUGCCAAGCAGAGAAGAUGUGAAAGAGUACCAGGAUCUUGAGACGGAGCUUUGUACGAUGGCAGGCAAAAUAAAUGGAAAGCACGCAACACCCGAGGGCACCCCACUGUUAUAUAUGCAUCGAUCAGUCCCGUUCACGGAGCUGACCGCACUUUAUUCCGUCGCCGACGCCUGUCUGUUGACGUCGACUCGAGACGGAAUGAACCUGGUCUCCUUUGAGUAUGUCGCGUGCCAAGAACAGAACCACGGCGUCCUGGUAUUAUCCGAGUUUGCCGGCGCGGCAGCAUUCAUGAGAGAUGGAAGUAUUCCGUUUCACCCGGCCAACACAACAGAGAUGUCAGAGGCCCUCUUCGCGGCGUUGAAUCUUAGUGACGAGGAGCGCAAGCAGAAGUUUGAAUUCUUGUGGAAAUUUGUCACGACGAACACUAGUGCAAAAUGGGGUUCAACUUUCAUAGAGAAACUCUCGCGUAGAUGCAGUCAAACUGGUGCGCCUUCUUGA